AUGGCCACCAUCACUAAGCCAGAAGGGAAGGUGGAGCGUAUCAAACGCAAGUUGGGAAAUGAAAACAGCACGAAGCAGCCUAUGAUGAGCCUUAUGAACGACAGACGAAUAUGCAGAGGGAGCACGUAUGCUAGGGUGCCGGCACAGAACAGACACGAUUCGGAGCGGGAAAUACAGAAGAAGAAGGUACAACGCGCCAAUGUAGUGCAAGAGAUGUCUAGGAGGGGGCCUUCUACUGAGGCUACACGUAAGCGUCAAGAAAGGAAUGUUCAAACGGAGGAAUACUAUGAGAAGUUGACGACUAUCGUCAGAGAAUAUGAUGCUGAGACUCAAACUCCAUUCGCAUACGAGCGUCCUCCGAGCCCUUUGUUCAUGCCAGUCUCGAGCGGUAAUGAUGCCGGUACGCAAAUCCUUGAGGGAGAGCUCUUCGAUUUUGACAAGGAAGUUAUACCUGUGUUGGAGGUCAUCGUGGGAAGGACUAUCGAGAAAGCUCUGAUGGAAGUGUUGGAGGAGGAAGAGCUGAAGGCUAUAGAAAAGCGGCAGGCUGAGUUCGCAGCCUUACGUCACGCAGAGCUCUUGGAGGCUCAGCGUAUGGAGGGCGUGGAAAAGCGGCGAUCUGAUGAGAAGGAGCGGAGAAAAACACAAGAGAAAAUGAGGGUCACUAAGGAAGGGGUCCUUCGCCUGAAAGUCCUUUCGAGGCAACUGUCGAAGCAUGUUGUCGCAGAAGUCGAAGCUGAUGUGUUUAGAAAACUCCAGGAGCUGGGCAAAUUCGACGAGCCUCAACUAAUCGACGUUGAAACGAGGGUACUCCCAAACAUGAUGAGUAGGGUUGCGGAGGAGGUGGCCCUCCGAGAUGUCAGUACUCGGCUGGUUGCGGAGUUGAUACAUGCGGCGUGUGCUCAACGGACGAGGAGGUUCACUGAGUCACGUGAUGAGUAUUUUGCUAGGAAGGCCGUGGUGGAGGCUGUCGUUAUUGCUGCAGAAAAGGAGAGUGAAAUUAUAUGUGAUAUUGAACAGUUGGAAGCUGAGCGAAUCAAUGAGGAGAAAGAGAGGAUGAAGUUGUGGGAAGCAUAUGAGGACCCGAUCACACCCGAGCCUACCAACGAGGAAGAGGGGGUCGAGGACGAUGAUGCUGCAGGAGGUAGGUGA